GCCUCUCUGCAAAUCCCACACGGGGCAACUGUGAAACGCAUGUACAUCUACAGCGGAAACAGCCUACAGGAUACGAAGGCACCUAUGAUGCCACUCAGCUGUUUCCUUGGAAACGUGUACGCAGAAUACGUUGAUGUUUUGCGAGAUGCCGCUGGACCCUCAGGUUUACGACUGCGAUUACUCACUGCAGGUUGCGGUCCUGGUGUGUUAGCCGAUGCCAAAAUACGGGUAUCUGAGCGUUGUGUGUAUUUCGGUGAUUCGUGCCAAGAUGUUCUGAGCACUUUGGGGUCCCCUCACAAGGUUUUCUACAAAUCUGAAGAUAAGAUGAAAAUCCAUUCCCCUUCGCCUCACAAGCAAGUUCCUUCAAAGUGCAAUGAUUUUUUCUUCAACUACUUCACGCUUGGAGUGGACAUCCUUUUUGAUGCGAAUACUCACAGAGUGAAGAAAUUUGUUUUGCAUACCAAUUAUCCUGGUCAUUAUAACUUUAACAUUUAUCACCGUUGUGAAUUCAAGAUCCCACUCGUUAUUAAACGAGGUAAGAAAGAGGAAUCUUUGCCAAAAGAAAGCACCGAGUCACAGACGGAAACCUGCACGACUUAUAGCAAGUGGGAUAAUAUUCAAGAGCUUCUUGGACAUCCUGUGGAAAAACCCGUAGUUCUUCACAGGUCGUCCUCCCCCAACAACACAAAUCCAUUUGGGUCAACCUUUUGUUUCGGAUUACAACGGAUGAUCUUUGAGCCAAACUUUGCCCACGGCUUAGCCUCUCUGCAAAUCCCACACGGGGCAACUGUGAAACGCAUGUACAUCUACAGCGGAAACAGCCUACAGGAUACGAAGGCACCUAUGAUGCCACUUAGCUGUUUCCUCGGAAACGUGUACGCAGAAUACGUUGAUGUUUUGCGAGAUGCCGCUGGACCCUCAGGUUUACGACUGCGAUUACUCACUGCAGGUUGCGGUCCUGGUGUGUUAGCCGAUGCCAAAAUACGGGUAUCUGAGCGUUGUGUGUAUUUCGGUGAUUCGUGCCAAGAUGUUCUGAGCACUUUGGGGUCCCCUCACAAGGUUUUCUACAAAUCUGAAGAUAAGAUGAAAAUCCAUUCCCCUUCGCCUCACAAGCAAGUUCCUUCAAAGUGCAAUGAUUUUUUCUUCAACUACUUCACGCUUGGAGUGGACAUCCUUUUUGAUGCGAAUACUCACAGAGUGAAGAAAUUUGUUUUGCAUACCAAUUAUCCUGGUCAUUAUAACUUUAACAUUUAUCACCGUUGUGAAUUCAAGAUCCCACUCGUUAUUAAACGAGGUAAGAAAGAGGAAUCUUUGCCAAAAGAAAGCACCGAGUCACAGACGGAAACCUGCACGACUUAUAGCAAGUGGGAUAAUAUUCAAGAGCUUCUUGGACAUCCUGUGGAAAAACCCGUAGUUCUUCACAGGUCGUCCUCCCCCAACAACACAAAUCCAUUUGGGUCAACCUUUUGUUUCGGAUUACAACGGAUGAUCUUUGAGGUGAUGCAAAAUAACCACAUUGCGUCCGUCACCCUUUACGGCCCGGCCCGGCCCGCCAUCCAGACCAAGACCCUGGACCUUCCCCAGUGAGCAAUACCCAUUGAACAUAAUGCUACACAAUUAGUUCAGCGUGCCUUGAGUUGCUGCCGCUUAUCAUAUGGAAAAGCACGAAACGGUGGAGAGCAUGUGUGGGUGUGCGUGUUUAUAGGUGUGGCACAGAGAGAGAG